AUGCUCGCUGACACCCUAGGCAUGCCACCAACUCGGCCGGACGAGGAGGAGAUACUUGUGAUUAACGAAUGCAAGCUCGAACAGAGCGAAUCACAGGCUGAGCGACUCGAACGCGCUACGAUACCGCCUGCAGAGGCAGAGCCGGAUUCAGAGUUAGACGUAAAGCUCGAUGUGGACACCACAACAUCGCCACAGCUGGAAGUGUCAAUUGCUAUAUCGUCGCCAAUUCCAGGGGAACUAUUAACUAAUGAGAGCGUUGCGGAAGAAGAUCGAUUAUCAACAGCUAAGGAGUUAAUACAGAACGUAGAGCAUGAGGAAUUACCGGAAAUAGAUCAACAACCGGAGCCUGAAAAGGAAGUAGAGCAACUGCAGCAGGUGGAGAUGCAAGUAGAGCAACAAUCGCAAGUCGUAAUAGAACAGGCAGAUAAGCAAAUGUCAGAAUCGCAAGCAGACGUAAAUCAGGAUUUAGUUCAACAACAGACAUCAGGACAGAACAUAGAACCACAGCUGAAGUCAGACGAGGGCGUGGUCAUGGUGCAGAAACCGCAUUUGAAGGAACAGAAGGAAAAUGAAUUGGAAACAGAUGCAGAGGAAGAUCUGACGACGAAACAAAGGCAAAAAGGUUUCUGCAGUGGCAACAAAUCACUAUUCCUCAACUUUAACAAGCUUUGCAAUAAGUUGAAAAGUCGCAGAAGUCACUUCUCAAUGUCGGGCAGCACCAAUAGCAUCGGAAGUUCUACCCGCAAAAACGUCAAAGACAAAGAAACCCAAAUCGAAUCGAAAUCUGUGCCCCAAGAAGCCGUUGAUGAGAAUACAGCGCUUAGCAGUUUGUUAGUCGCCCAACCGUGUCCGCCAUGUUACCAGCAACAGCAGCAGCUGAACGCCGCCGGUGUCGGAGAGUUGCUGUGCGCCAAGACACCGUUAACGACUCUGGAUGUGCCCGGUGUUAUAAAUUGCAACUCGGAAUUGGGUCAGCAAAUCAAUCAAAUCAGUCUCGCCGAUGCAUCCAUUCCUCUCAUAACGAGCGAGACGGUGCCAUUGCCUGUCGCCACUAAUGAUGACUACGUGAUUACCCAGAGCAUUGCGAAAUACUAUGAGGGUCCCAUUCCGGCGGAGAUCAACUUAUCUAUUGAACCCCGACCGACAAGUUCACCACCAAAGGAAGAUCGCACACAAAACGCUGGCAAUCUCGAGCACAGCGUAGCCACUCGCGAGGAGCUGCAGGAAUCGUAUUUGCCCAUCUCCGUGGCAUUAAGUCAACGCAUACGAGAUGUGCUCAGAGAACAACCUGCUCCGAGCGACACCAAUCAAACGAUUAGUCUAACAACUCUAGAGGAAGCAACGAUCAAUGCGCCGGAAGCAAACAACAAUACGUCGAUCUGUACUAUAUUUGACACGGGAUUUACCGCUAAGAACAACGAAAACACAGAGGCUAAACCUAAUCCCGCCGAGGAAGCGACAGCGGAUGCUCUGCAACCUAACCAACAGAAGCUCAUCAACCUAGUCAAGGCAUCGAAGUCAGCUCAAAGCGUGGCUCAGCUAAAUGCAGACGAGAUCGAGUUGCCUAUUGCGCCGGCAAAGUUGACGGUAGCUGGAAAACAAAUGGUGGUCUCUCCACAUUGCCACUUUGUGCCUAAGGAGUUGCGCUACAAGUGCGGUGUACCCGACUGUGGCCAACAUUUCGACUCAGAGUUGGGGUUCAGCCAGCAUCUGAGUACUCAGCACAACCAUCGAGAUGUCUUUAAGUGUCCACAUUGUACUCGUACUCGUGCGAAUCAUUCACUAAUACUGGAGAAGGUGCUGGAACAUUUGGCGUAUCAUAAGCGCUACGUUUAUCAAUGCGGUGCGUGCAGCUCGUUUGCGACAAAAUUUUCCAUAAUGGAUCGCCAUAUUUCCAAAAUGCAUGCGUCAAAGUUCGGUGUUGAUGUCGAUGUAAUUAUCCAUAAACGCGAUGAUUUGACAACGCACACAAAGCCAACGGAUGUACGUUGGUUCAAGUCCGUGAAUGUGCUGCGCACUUCGACCGAUGAAUGGUUCUGCAAUCUCUGCCCCACUGCGCUCGCCACCGAGCAUCAGAUGAUUGGACACGCGGAGAUGUCACACCAGCGUAAGCAUCAGUAUUGCUGUCCGUAUUGCGAUUACGGCUUCAAGGAUCCCAUAAAAAUUGUCAACCACAUACGUUGUAGCCAUGCCGGCAAACGCAUCCAACCGCUGCAAUGCUAUCGGCGCAUCAAGAGCUAUAAACCUUACACACUCUGUUUUAUUUGCAAUACAUGUCAUGAGGCAACCAACACCAUCCGCAAAAUGGCCAAUCACUGUCAGGUUGCGCAUUCGAAUCGCUUUCAGUACAAAUGUCGCCACUGUGACUUUGGACACAAUAAUCAUCACCUUGUCGUCGCUCAUAUGACGCAGGAACAUCCCGGAAUGCCGGGCCUUCUCAUUCAGCAGUUCGAUCGCUUGGACAACGACAUGCUCGACGUUGACUUUUGGAACAAGGCCCUCAUAUUUUUGCCAAAAAGCCGCAUGGAGCCACCUAAGCCAGUUGAAACUGCGCAGCCAGAACCUGUGCUGCCCAAGCUGCUUGUGCGUCUAGUCCCAGAGCCCGAACAAGCAACCCAAAUCGAAUCGAACUCUGUGCCCCAAGAAGCCGUUGAUGAGAAUACAGCGCUUAGCAGUUUGUUAGUCGCCCAACCGUGUCCGCCAUGUUACCAGCAACAGCAGCAGCUGAACGCCGCCGGUGUCGGAGAGUUGCUGUGCGCCAAGACACCGUUAACGACUCUGGAUGUGCCCGGUGUUAUAAAUUGCAACUCGGAAUUGGGUCAGCAAAUCAAUCAAAUCAGUCUCGCCGAUGCAUCCAUUCCUCUCAUAACGAGCGAGACGGUGCCAUUGCCUGUCGCCACUAAUGAUGACUACGUGAUUACCCAGAGCAUUGCGAAAUACUAUGAGGGUCCCAUUCCGGCGGAGAUCAACUUAUCUAUUGAACCCCGACCGACAAGUUCACCACCAAAGGAAGAUCGCACACAAAACGCUGGCAAUCUCGAGCACAGCGUGGCCACUCGCGAGGAGCUGCAGGAAUCGUAUUUGCCCAUCUCCGUGGCAUUAAGUCAACGCAUACGAGAUGUGCUCAGAGAACAACCUGCUCCGAGCGACACCAAUCAAACGAUUAGUCUAACAACUCUAGAGGAAGCAACGAUCAAUGCGCCGGAAGCAAACAACAAUACGUCGAUCUGUACUAUAUUUGACACGGGAUUUACCGCUAAGAACAACGAAAACACAGAGGCUAAACCUAAUCCCGCCGAGGAAGCGACAGCGGAUGCUCUGCAACCUAACCAACAGAAGCUCAUCAACCUAGUCAAGGCAUCGAAGUCAGCUCAAAGCGUGGCUCAGCUAAAUGCAGACGAGAUCGAGUUGCCUAUUGCGCCGACAAAGUUGACGGUAGCUGGAAAACAAAUGGUGGUGCUUCCACGUUGUCACUUUGUGCCUAAGGAGUUGCGCUACAAGUGCGGUGUACCCGACUGUGGCCAACAUUUCGACUCAGAGUUGGGGUUCAGCCAGCAUCUGAGCACUCAGCACCACCAUGGAGAUUCCUUUAUGUGUCCGCAUUGUAACUUUAAGAAUCAUUCACUAAUACUGGAGAAGGUGCUGGAACAUUUGGCGUAUCAUAAGCGAUACAUUUAUCAAUGCGGUGCGUGCAGCUCGUUUGCGACAAAAUUUUCCAUAAUGGAUCGCCAUAUUUCCAAAAUGCAUGCGUCAAAGUUGGGUGUUGAUGUCGAUGUAAUUAUCCAUAAACGCGAUGAUUUGACAACGCACACACGUUGGUUCAAGUCCGUGAAUCUGCGCACUUCGACCGAUGAAUGGUUCUGCAAUCUCUGCCCCACUACGCUCGCCACCGAGCAUCAGAUGAUUGGACACACGGAGUUGUCACACCAGCGUAAGCAUCAGUAUUGCUGUCCGUAUUGCGAUUACGGCUUCAAGGAUCCCAUAAAUAUUGCCAACCACAUACGUUGUAGCCAUGCCGGCAAACGCAUCCAACCGCUGCAAUGCUAUCGGCGCAUCAAGAGCUAUAAACCUUACACACUCGGUUUUAUUUGCAAUACAUGUCAUGAGGCAACCAACACCAUCCGCAAAAUGGCCAAUCACUGUCAGUUUGCGCAUUCGAAUCGCUUUCAGUACAAAUGUCGCCACUGUGACUUUGGACACAAUAAUCAUCACCUUGUCGUCGCUCAUAUGACGCAGGAACAUCCCGGAAUGCCGGGCCUUCCCAUUCAGCAGUUCGAUCGCUUGGACAACGACAUGCUCGACGUUGACUUUUGGAACAAGGCCCUCAUAUUUUUGCCAAAAAAGCCGCAUGGAGCCACCUAAGCCAGUCGCUCCCACCAACCAUGCCCUGGCCAUUCAAACCUUCGACCCCAUCGAGGUAUCGUCGGAUGAGGAUGACCGAACUUAUAACGCUGAGUGCGCACAGAAGCAGUACGAGUUCGCGUGCUCGCAUUGCACGGAGACGCGCCGCAACAUUGACGAACUGAAAUCGCAACACUGGGCGAUCAAGCAUCCCAAGCAACCCUUCUACUUCUGUGUCCAACCGCAGCUCUGCUGUCCGGUGUG